CAGCAUCCCAAGCUACAAUGCUAUCAAACAGCUGAUUCUCAAUUUUGAUACAGUAAAAAAUACCAAAUACUAGAGGGACAUGGCUAUAUAGUAGUAGAUAAGUACUGGAAGAAAGUACGGAGUAGAGAUAUUAGCAGAAAUUAGGUGCCAGGUAGUACUAACAGUAGCAGAUACUCAAGGAGCCCAGUAUCUGCUACAGGUUGCGUGUGAUGUAAAUUGGCUUGUCUUAGAAGAUUGCAGAGCUUGACAGAGUACAUUCAACCAUUCAGUGAAUACCAGAUAAUUACUAACCUAGGUAUGGUUGAGAUGGUGGGAGUUUUUAGAAUAGUGCCAGGUCUCUGAUAUCGGUUGCCUGUAGUGUCUAUCUUGCCCUGCAAUGAUUCUUUGCCCUGGGCAAGCUUUUUGGUGUAUCAGGGACCGGAGAUCAUCAUCACAGCUGCAUUUCGUUACCCUUGAUGUCAAUACUUGCCCAAAUAGACUAUUUUUGGCAUAUUAUUUCGAAUGGUGAGUGUUGUCAAGGCCAAAACAUCGAUUUCGCCUUGAAUCUACUCACUUACCCUGGAAUGCCGUUGGAUGCUUACAUAAUCGGGAUUUCAGAUAUCACCCUUCGGCCAGUUCAUGCCCAACAAAGCACCCCCGUGAGCAGCCCGAAGCAAAACGCAUGCAAGCAACGAUUGCUUGUACGUAUGGGGUGCAUUUUGCAGAUGCUACAGGGAGCAGUACCCCGUGUUGCAGCAGCACAAUGCCACCUCUUUCAACAUCUCACCGUGUCGCCAAUUUGCCAUGCUCGUAGGAUGAUGGCAUCCAAUGAUAAGCAGUGGACAGGCAUCAAAGCGACAAGAAACACGGACCAUCAAAUGAUGUCAGUCGGUUCGGUUGGCAAAAUAUCCAAUUUGGGAGACCCGGAUCGGAAGCUUGAGCUGGGCCGGCUCAUUUGUAGCCGCUUCAUUGGGUCAACUGGCCAGCGCCUCCCAUUGAGAUGUGGAUCAACGGCCGUCUUGGACGAUGGGAUGAAUCCCGAAACUGGCCACUGAAAGCUGAAUCAAAUCAGAUACAAUCAAUCUCCUCGGUGAAUGCUAAUCGGGCUUGUCUGCCGCCUAGUUCUUG